UCGUGGAUAAAAAAAAGAGUGAAUCUCCUGAAAGUUGUGAUUGGAGGCCCACUGAGACAUCACGUGGUUUGGGUCGCUGACAGUAUAAACCCUUGGAGACGGGUGCGCACGUGGGUGACGCUGCAGGGCCAACCCUCUUCGGGGUCCCUUUUGUUGAACCAUCAAACAUAAGCACCUUUGUAGAUCCCGAGGGGUUCAGAUGAGAAACAGCUAUCAUCUUGUGCACGGAGCGAUCACUUCUCAGCUGCGCAACCAUGUCGAGGUCUUUUUACGUCGAUUCUUUAAUCAUCAAGGAUACGGUGCGACCCGGACCGGCCGAGCAUCCAGGACAAGACUUCCUUAUUCCCAUCAGCAUGCACUCUCCGAGCGUCAUGACGGUCACCGCUCCGGUGUGCCCGUCCAGGAAAAGCGGGACUUUCUGUGUUUGCCCGCUGUGCGUCACGUCCCACAUCCACUCGUCCCGCAGCGGCAUUCCCAUGCUGAAGAGUCAGUUUCCAGGAGCGGAGGCGCAGUACUGUCAGAGGAUGGCGCAUCAGCAGUCUCCGGCACUCGCGCACCCGGGACAUUCACCGGUCUGCACGCCCACCUUCAGCGUCACAGAUCCCAGGAGAUACCACUGUCUCUCUAUUGGCGCCUCUGAGAGCAGCCACAUACAGAAUGGCAAGAGGAUGCGCACGGCGUUCACGAGCACGCAGCUCCUGGAACUUGAAAGGGAGUUUUCCACGAACAUGUAUCUGUCGAGACUCAGAAGAAUCGAGAUCGCCACGUAUUUGAACCUGUCGGAGAAACAGGUGAAAAUCUGGUUUCAGAACCGCAGGGUGAAGCACAAGAAGGAGGGCAAAGCCACCCAGAGGAGCGCGCACAGCGGUUGCAAGUGCACAACCGGCCACACAGACUAUUCAAGGUCAGAGGACGAGGAGUCUCUAUCUCCGGCCUCUGCCGAGGAGGAGAAAGAGGUGUCACCCAUCUGAGAGAAAACGUGACUCCCAAACUUCCCGCUGCUGGCACUUCAUACAGGUUAUCACGCAACCUCCGGGCCAAAAACAAAAACUCCCGCAUGAAGCCCGAGAAGAAAAUUACUCUUCACUUCCAGUUGAUCCUACAUU